CCGAGAGUGAGAGUUAUCUCUAAUUUGCAUUUUUCUGGUUUCAAAAAAUAAAGGCUUAUCUCGACUAGAAUUUAGAAGGUAAAAAGGCAUGGCCGAAACGCGAGGCAUCAGGAGGAGACCUGCUAAGGUUGGAGGUGGAGUAUGGGUGGCGGCACUGUCAAGCCUCCUGCUCGCCAUCUCCCUCCAGGUUAUAUUGUUGUGUCCCAUAUCCCCAUCCCCGCACCCGCUUCAACUGCCUUCUCCCGCCGCCGUCUUUCCCCUAAACCGCCGCUUGCAGGAAGUCACCAAACUGGGACACGGAUUUCUGAAGGAUCCUGAAGAUAUUUGCGUGGAUGCCCAAGGUAUUCUGUACGCGGCUACCAGAGAUGGCUGGAUCAAAAGAUUGCAUCCCAAUGGAUCCUGGGAGAAUUGGAAGAACACCCACUCUCGAACUCUACUUGGAAUCGCCCCCUCCAACUCCGACCACGGUGGAAUCAUCGUUUGUGAUGCUGACAAGGGCAUCCUUAAGGUGAACGAACAAGAUGGAUUUUCCGUCCUCGUUUCUUCUCAUGUGAACCAAACCAGAAUCAUAAGCUUCGCAGACGAUGUGGUGGAGGCGGCGGAUGGCUGCCUUUACUUUAGCGAUGCAAGCUCUAAAUUUGGACUGCAUAAUUGGUAUUUGGACUUCUUGGAAGCAAAACCUCAUGGUCGGCUGCUUAAGUACGACCCUUCCUCCAACCACAUUUCAACCCUUCUUGAUAAUCUACAUUUUGCCAACGGCGUUGCUCUCUCCGCAGACCAACAUUACGUGGUCGUCUGUGAAACCUUCAAAUACAGAUGUGUCAAGUAUUGGCUGAAGGGAGAGAAAGAAGGGGAAACAGAAAUAUUCGUAGACAAUCUUCCUGGAGCACCUGAUAACAUAAACCUGGCUCCAGAUGGCUCCUUUUGGAUCGCUCUCAUUCAGCCUAUCCGUGAUGGGUCGGAGUUGUUUGUGAGGUCUAAGAUUGUGAGGCAGAUUGUGGCCAGUUUUCCCAAGUUGAAGUUGUAUGAGGUGCUAAACGGCGCACGGCGGAGAGCAAUGGUGGUCAAAGUGGAUGCCGAUGGCAGGAUUCUUACGAAACUCGACGAUCCAAAUGGGAAGGUAAUAUCUUUCGUCACAAGCGCUCUAGAGUUCCACCACCAUCUUUACUUGGGAAGUCUAAAUGCCAACUUCCUCGGAGUGUUGCCCUUGACUCUUCCUUAAUUUCCCCUCCUCCCACUUCCCUUUUCAUGCAACAUUUCCUCUCUCUUCAGUAUAGUAUAAUAUUAUCAACUUGCUUACACACGUGUGUCUCAGUCUGCACUUUCUA